AGGACUGAGUGCAGCUUUCCCUCCCAGCUGGAGCUGUCACUGUGGAUGUACAAGCUGCAGACACUGCAGGAACUUCUUUCUCUUAACUUUGCACUGACUGAAGCUGGCAGAGCCCAUGCCCCUGGUGAUCUGCGAGUGGCACAGGGGUGAGCAGAGGAGAUGAGCCUGGGCUGUGACAUUUUGCACGAUCAGAGCAGAGACUAGGACGGGAUGGAGAAGACCUCGCUGUUUCUGCUGCUGGCCGCUGUGUUCCUGCUCCCCGGUGCUCAGGGUGCUGCGGCCAAGGAGCUGACCUGCCAGGAGAUCACUGUGCCCCUGUGCAAGGGCAUCGGCUACAACUUCACCUACAUGCCCAACCAGUUCAACCACGACACGCAGGACGAGGCUGGCCUGGAGGUGCACCAGUUCUGGCCGCUGGUGGAGAUCCACUGCUCCCCGGACCUCAAGUUCUUUCUGUGCAGCAUGUACACCCCCAUCUGCCUGGAGGACUACAAGAAGCCGCUGCCACCCUGCCGGAGCGUGUGUGAGCGGGCAAGGGCUGGCUGUGCGCCCCUCAUGCGACAAUACGGCUUCGCCUGGCCGGACAGGAUGCGGUGCGACCGGCUGCCUGAGCAGGGGAACCCCGACACUCUGUGCAUGGACUAUAACCGCACCGACCUGACCACCGUGGCCCCCAGCCUCCCGGAGCAGCCCCAGCGCCCUCCAAAAGCGCCCACACAUGGGCACAACAAGGGGAAGACACGUGUGGAGCCCCCCAGGACUAAGCCGAGACCCCCUGCUGGGUGCGAGCCAGGGUGCCAGUGCAGAGCACCCAUGGUGCUGGUCUCCAACGAAAGGCACCCACUGUACAACCGUGUGAGGACUGGGCAGAUCCUUAACUGUGCCAUGCCCUGCCACAACCCCUACUUCACCCCCGAGGAGAGGACCUUCACCAACUUCUGGAUUGGACUUUGGUCUGUGCUUUGUUUUGCCUCCACCUUUGCCACCGUCUCCACCUUCCUGAUUGACAUGGAGCGUUUCAAGUAUCCAGAACGCCCCAUCAUCUUCCUCUCAGCCUGCUACCUGCUGGUAUCUGCUGGCUAUCUGGUCAGGCUGAUAGCUGGGCAUGAGAAGGUGGCAUGCAGCAGGGAGCACGACCUGGAGCACAUCCACUAUGAGACCACAGGACCUGCCCUCUGUACCCUGGUGUUCCUGCUCAUCUACUUCUUUGGCAUGGCCAGCUCCAUCUGGUGGGUCAUUCUGUCCCUCACCUGGUUCUUAGCAGCUGGCAUGAAAUGGGGCAAUGAAGCCAUAGCUGGAUACUCCCAAUACUUCCACCUGGCGGCCUGGUUGGUACCUAGUAUCAAGUCCAUAGCUGUCCUAGCUCUCAGCUCAGUAGAUGGUGACCCAGUGGCAGGCAUCUGUUAUGUAGGCAACCAGAACCUGGACAAUUUGAGGGGCUUUGUUUUGGCACCUUUAGUCAUCUACCUCUUCAUUGGCAGCAUGUUCCUGCUGGCUGGAUUUGUGUCCCUUUUCAGGAUCCGCAGUGUCAUCAAACAGGGGGGCACCAAGACGGACAAGCUGGAGAAACUUAUGAUCCGGAUAGGGAUAUUCAGCGUGCUGUACACUGUGCCAGCUACCAUUGUGGUGGCAUGCUUCUUCUACGAACAACACAACCGCCAAGGCUGGGAGGCAGCACACAACUGCAACUCCUGCCUACCCGAACUGGCACAGCCACGCCGGCCGGACUAUGCGGUCUUCAUGCUCAAGUACUUUAUGUGCCUGGUGGUUGGCAUCACAUCUGGGGUAUGGAUCUGGUCUAGCAAGACUCUGGAGUCCUGGAGGGCUUUCUGUACUCGCUGCUGCUGGGGCAGCAAAGCAACUGGUGGGUCCAUGUAUAGUGAUGUCAGCACAGGGUUGACAUGGAGGUCUGGCACUGCCAGCUCAGUGUCUUACCCAAAACAGAUGCCCUUAUCUCAGGUCUAAGACUAACAGGAAAAGGGGUGGGGGUAGGACCCAGAGACACUUGACUGUCUGAGAUCUGCCAAGCCCCCCACCCCCAUCUUUUUUUUUUAGUUUCUUGCUAUUAGCAUGAUAAUGAACUCUUAAUGGUAUCCAUUAGUAGGGACUUGAAUGACUGGUCAGAACAAUGUACCUGGAAUUGAAGCCUCCCUGAUUCCUCUCCAUUUAUAUGCAAGGAGCAUUGCUGAAACCAUAAUUUAACUGGCCAGGGGCAGGGGAUUGUCUCUGCGCUCUAAGUAAUGAGGCAAUAACUUAUUUGUUUCUUGUAAGCAUGUGUGGAGAAACCUUCAUAUAUAUUUUUUUUAACUUUGCUGAAUGUGUCCUUAAACAUUUCUUUUCCUGGCACUGCUAGGUGGUGAACCUGUCAGUGCCCAACUGCCUAGGACAUCCUUAUCAAUCCGCUAUGCCUUGUGGCAAUCCCCAGUCUCACGACAAAACCAUGGGGGAUGGAAACUGUUAAUUAAGCCAAGUAAAUGCCUUAAAUCAUGUCUUAAGUCCCAAGUAAAUACGGGUUUUCUUCCAUUACAGGAUGUAUUUAUAGAAAUAUUUGUAAGAUAUGUAUAUAAUACAAAGUUAUAAUGUAACUGUAAAUAUGUGUAUAAAGUUUAGAGGCUUCUUCUUAAGAAACAAAGGAACUGAUUAUUCUAUUUUGUCAAUAAA